CAAAAGCAAAAACGCAAAAGCCGUCGCCCCGCCCAUAUAAAGCCCCGGCCCGCCCCGUCUUCCCUGGCCCUCUGUGACCCGAAAACCCUCCGCGUCGUCCGUCCUCAUCUCCCGCUCCUCUACUAGCCUCUUACGCUUCUUGUCCGCCAUGGUCUUCUCUGCUGCCCCCGAAAAGUUCCGCGCUGAGCUCGCUGCCACCGCCAACGCCAUCGCCGCUCCCGGCAAGGGUAUCCUCGCUGCCGACGAGUCCACCGGCACCAUCGGCAAGCGCUUCGGCCCCAUCGGCGUCGAGAACGUCGAGGAGAACCGCCGUGCAUACCGUGAGCUUCUGUUCACCGCCGGUGCUGAUCUGCCCAAGUACAUCUCCGGUGUCAUCCUCUUCGAGGAGACUCUGUACCAGAAGACCGCCAGCGGCAAGCCCUUCGCCGAGCUCCUCCGCGAGCAGGGCAUCCAAGUCGGCAUCAAGGUCGACAAGGGCACCGUUGAGCUCGCCGGCACCGACGGUGAGACCACCACCCAGGGUCUGGAUGGCAUGAACGAGCGCUGCCAGAAGUACUACGCUGCUGGUGCCCGCUUUGCCAAGUGGCGCUGUGUCCUCAAGAUCGGCAAGGGCUGCCCCUCCAAGCUCGCCGUCAUUGAGAACGCCAACGUCCUCGCCCGCUACGCCUCCAUCUGCCAGAACAACGGCCUCGUCCCCAUCGUCGAGCCCGAGAUUCUGAUGGAUGGUGACCACGACCUCGAGACCGCCAUGGUCGCCACCGAGGAGGUCCUCGCCACCGUCUACAAGGCUCUCCACGACCACAACAUCUACCUCGAGGGCACCCUCCUGAAGCCCAACAUGGUCUGCCCCGGCCAGGACUGCCAGAAGACCUACACCCCCGCCGACAUUGCCGACGCCACCGUCACCGUUCUCAGCCGCACCGUUCCCCCCGCCGUCCCCGGUGUCACCUUCCUCUCUGGUGGCCAGUCCGAGGAGGCCGCCACCGUCCAUCUCCACGAGAUCAACAAGGUCAACCGCCCCCGCCCCUGGUCUCUGACCUUCUCGUAUGGCCGUGCCCUCCAGGCCACCGUCAUCAAGACCUGGGCCGGCAAGCCCGAGAACGUUGCUGCUGCCCAGAGCGCUCUCAUGAUCCGCGCUCGCGCCAACUCCGAGGCCUGCCUCGGCAAGUACGCCGGCUCUGCUGCCCACCUCGGUGGCGAGUCCCUGUACGUCAAGGACUACAAGUACUAAGUGGCCCUCUCCCCCAUCCUUUGCUCUCCGAGUCCUUCCUUCUCCUCACUCUAAUUCCCUCUCGAGGCGGCCGUCUGUACAGCUCCCCAUUGGGCCCCUCUGCUUGAUUCUGCUCAUUACAACUUUGCUCCGCCUUGCGAUCUGCUAAAAAUACAUGCGGCGUUUCCAAUACGGAGCGAGACAUUCAAUAGUCA